AUGCAUCUCUCUCUGGACACCAUGAUGGUGGACGACAGCUGCCUCUCACCCAGCAACUUCCACGAUCUGGGGAAAGGUGGGGGGCUCUCUGUGGGGGGCCGCGUCCACAGCAUCGACGUCAUCCUGGGGUUCAGUAAGGACCAGGACCCCCUGCUCAGCCCUUCAGGGACCCCGCGGACCCACAAAGUGGACAUCGAGGGUCUGGGGGAGCCCCAGGGGCCCCAGGAAAACUCCCCCUUCAGCGGGCAUCUCUCCUCGCUGAGGAACGGAGGCACGGAGGAGUACCAUGAUACCGGCUUAUUCACCAACAAGUGUGAUGAAGAGCUAAGUGAGCUGAGGAAGAGUGUGGAGAGUGACGAGGGAAAUUCUCCGGACCCCUGCAUGGACGAACAGCCGAAGAAGAAGCACCGGAGGAACCGAACCACCUUCACCACCUACCAGCUGCACGAGCUGGAGCGAGCCUUUGAGAAAUCCCACUACCCCGACGUCUACAGCCGCGAAGAGCUGGCCAUGAAGGUCAACCUCCCCGAGGUCCGAGUGCAG